AUGAAUCCCCUGGCAAAUGUCGAUAUGAUAUCAGCAUCAAAAAUCAACAUUCACGAUGAUCGUACUAAUGAAGGUCAACGUCAAAAUCUUAGUGAUGAUUGUGCAUUUACUGACUUGAAAGAACUGGUUGAACCGUUAAUGGCUAUACAAGAUGAAAAAAUUAGCGACCUUGAAGAUAAAAUUACUCAAUUAGAAGCAAGUCUAACUGAUCAAAAUUUAUUCGUCUCUACACUUGAAAACAGUGUAAAGAUAUUGAAAGAUAAAUCUAAUCAUCUGGAACAGUAUGGGCGGCUUGAUAAUUUACGAAUCCUUAAUGUUCCCAAAAUACAAGAUGAAAAUGUGCACAAUAUUGUCAUGAAUUUAGCUACACAAAUGAAAGUCGAAUUACAUUCACAUUCAAUAUCCGUCUGUCAUCGAACUGGACAAGCUAAAAACGUGUGUCACCUUUUCGCAGAUGAUCUUGCGAUCAUGUUAGCAGGUUCAUUAGAGAAGAAAUUUUCACUGGAUAUCAUUGAGUUAGAAGAAAGAGCCAAAAUUGCGAUGGAAACACUGGCAAAAUAUGCAGAAGAACAUAUGCUCCCAGUUAAUGUUGAAAAAACAAAGCUCAUAUUUCAAGAUAUUCCAAUACAAUUUAUUAAUAUUCGUCAUAUUUUAUUCUAUGCAUAUGUACUACUACAUUUUGUUUGGCUAUUCUCAAUAUGGUUCUUUUUCACCGAUAAAGUUGAUCGUUCAAAUGUUAUGCCCACAGUUUUACCAUAUAAAGUUGUUUCUAUUCAAUCCACAACAAACGGUACUACAGAUGGAAUUAUGUAUAAACUAUGUACGACAGCUGGUGUUAUUUCAACAAGGUACAGUAGCGACGAUUUAUUAAAUCUGACAGCAUGUAAUUUUUCUGAUUUACGUUUAAUUAAUCCAAGCAAUUUACCACAAUUAACUUUCAUACAAGCAUGUAAAGAGUAUGUAAGAGUAUUAAAAUUGCCCUAUGGGAAGUCAAAAUUUUGA